UUGAGCGCAGAAACCCAUGAUAACUGCUGCAGAAAUGCUGUAGGAGUUUCCGAUGCGAAUAUCAUACUUGACAGCUUUACGAGGGGAAAAAGUCAUUACCCAGUCAACGCACUACCAUCAUAUGAUCGUCUGAACGGUACCAGAGAAGAUGGAUGGUGCGCCGAAUUAAAUGAUGACGAAAAGUGGCUUCAAGUCGAUCUCGAGAAAGUUACUAAAGUGUACGCUGUUGCAAGCCAAGGAGAUAUCAAUGGCAAUGAAUGGGUGAUAUACUUUAAACCAGCACACUCUAAAUCCUAUGAAGACUUGUGGCCAACUUAUAAGGAUGCUAAAGGCUUGGAAGUGGUAAGAUUUGGGCCAAAAUGUCCUUUUAAGCCCGGAGCAUCGAACAUUUCAUGGCGUUCUAUAGUUAGAUUCAGUAGUAAUCGGUUUGAGCUCAGGAAUAAGAGUUUAUUGUGCAGUCUGAUCGUCCGGGUGAGAGUAGUCCCGAGAAGGACUGAUUAAGGUAGUACUGCCUGACAUUUCUUUUUUAAGGUUGGAAUCAGCUUUCUUGAGUAAGUCACUGAAAUUUUUUAUUGCCUUAGGUUAAUCAUCGCACAGAGUCCAAGUAAACAAUGUUAUUCGCAAGUUGAUGAUGUUCAGAUUUGCAAUCGUUGGCGAUAUAGCCAACGUAACAUGAUCGCUUGUCGGCAGGUCGAAAGGGUGCGUUUGUUAAUCCAUAUUCUGCAUCUCAGUUUCUGCGACAGUAUUGGAGAUGAGCGGUUCCUUUCAGCUGUUUACAAUAUUUAUCGUUAUUGAAUCCUCUUUUCGAGAAAAUUUAUUUCAAAUAUUGUGACUGUGUUAUAUUUUCUCAUUAUUUUAUAGAUAUUUCACAGGGACGGUGGAUCCUACACAAUUGACCAACAUGCUCUGUAAGUUCUGGUUUAUGCAAGAUACCUUCGUUUUCUACCAGUUACUUGGCAACGAUCAAUCUGCCGUAGAGUUGAGGUUUACGGAACCAUCAGUAAGUUUUCUUCAAUUGAAUUUGGAAUGUGACCCUCCCCUCUUUCUAGGUUAUCAGAACAUUCAACAAUUUUCGAUGUCAAAAUCCUAAGUUUUCACAACAAUUUUUGAAGUAGUUGCCGAAAGAAAUAAAUUGUAGCCUUUGGGGGAGUUUUACAAUUUUUUAGGGGGAGUUGUUCUUGGCGUGAACUAAAGUUAUCACAUGCACUUGCAUGCAAAUGAAUUCCAAACCUCUCCUGAGAUCUAAGUUUUUUAUGACUAUUUAUCAAUUUUUACUUAAUUUUAGGCUCUUCUGCCUUUCAUAUACCUUAUAUCUACAUCAAGGAGUUUUGCAGCAUUCACCACUUUUCACAUAGCGAAUAAUACAUACGCAAGCAUGAUGGAUUUUAUAAAAUGGAUUUUCUAA